AUGAUCAGUGGAGAGCAUGGAUCAGGUUUGAAGCUGCCUUGGGAGAGUGGAGGCUUCGCUUUGAUUUUUGGUGAUCCGAAGGUCGUUGAUUUCGCAGUCCCAGAGAUUCCUUUUCCGGUGCUGGCCCCAGGGGCCUCACAAGGUACUGCUGAGAAAAUAGCCCGUCCUGCAAAGAGGCUAAAGCUUGAGCCGUGUGGCGUGGAAAUUUUCAGACGAGUCAUCAAUUUCAAGCAAGCUCUCGAUGACGAGACGUUGGAGCAAAACAAGUGGGCGCGUGCUCUUGAGAAAUGGUACACCAUCCUUGGAGAGAAUUGGUCCAGCUCCAUGAUUGGAGUCAAAGUCUCAAAGCUGCCUGCAGACGAAGGCACCAAGCGCAUCAGAGAGCUCUUUGGGAAAAAGAGUGUGGCAACUGUCGAGAGACGGGGAAACAGCAUGCUGGGAUACAUAUGUCGGUGGCAUAAAGUAGCUCCUGGAGAAGAAGUUUUUCCUUUGAAGACUUGGAUGCUCGACGAAUACUUGGAGUGGUUACAAGCGAACCAUGCCAAGAUCUCAGCCAUGCAUAGUUUCCGAGAGGCCAUAAACUUUUCUCAUUUUGUGGUAGGUAUCGAAAUACAUGUCUCCUGCCGAAGCUUGUGGAGCCCGUGGGCUGCUGGUCUUCUUGGACUGAAGGACCUGGAGCGGGCUGAGCGCAAUCAAUCUGAUGUACUCACAGUCGGGGAAGUUACCUACUUAGAGAUGGUUCUCGACGAUGAGUCGCGAGACCUUAUGGACAGAUAUGCUGCAGGAGCCAUCUUGUUUGCGGUUUACUCUAGGAGUAGGUGCUCUGACUUGCGCGUGGUCGAGGGUUUCAUUUUGGACAUCGCAAAUGUGGACGGCAAUCAGGUUGGGUUCAUAGAGUGCAAGACCAGGUCUCACAAGUGCAGUCGGCAAGUGGCACAGCAAGGCUUAGCUAUGCCGCUUAUUGCUCCCAUCAUGGGAGUCCGGAAUGUUAGCUGGGGCCUGAAGUUCAUUGAGGUCGCCAAAGCGGUUGGGCUUGGGCUUGAAGGUCGAGCUAAAGGACCGCUUCUUCCCGCGCCCACUGAGGCAGGGGCAUGGAGUAAGAGGGCUGUGACUUCCGGGGAGAUGACACGCUGGUUGCAGGUGAGCAAAGAUGAGGUAGAUUCACUUCAGAAAGCCAGGCUUGCGUUUGCGCCCCCGAGGGAGGGCGCACUUUUUGAGGAGGCGCCGCCCCGAGAUGCGUCUCCGGGAGAGAGUGCAGUCGCUUCGGAUGAGCUAGGAAAUUCGUUUUCUUUGAUCAACGAAACUCUUGAGCCUGAGCGUGAAGGUCUUUCUUGCCCUGACAGUCCAAGCAAGUCCCACGGCGAACUGGGUGGUGUUAGCCUGGAGGAACCCCAGGCUGAAGAUGGCGGCGAUGAAUCAUCGUCUUCAUCGAGCUCGAGCGAGACCGCCUCGGAGUUCGAGGAUGACAGCUGGACUAGGGGAGAGGGUUUCAAGUGUCAGGCAACCAAGGCGAGUGAGAGCUGGAGCCCAGAAGUUACUCAGGACUAUGAGCUGAUUGAAGCAUCGGCUUUCAGAGAUUUGAGGCGCGCGUUCAAGACUGAGGACCAUACGUACAAGCGUGGGCAAAGUGGAGCCAAGGUCCGGCGAGGUAUUGACACGCUGGCUCGCAUAGCCUUUGCUGCCGUUGGGCCAGGACAGAACCCAAGUGACGCCCAAGUUCAAGACCUCUUCGGGGGAGCCGCAACAACUGCAGGCACGGUUGCUUCUACGAGGAGGUUGAUCUUCGAGGCUCAUACUCUGCUCAUUGCCGAUUUGAAGGGUCGAGUGGAAAAAGGAGAAGACGCUUCAGUUGGUAGCAUGAGUCAUGCUGAGCGUGAGAGUCGAAUGGCUCGUCAGAAGGCGCGGAUUACUGGAUUGAUGCACUCUGGAGUCGAAGAGCCUUCCUACGAGUCAUACAACCUCGUCUACGCGAUGUUGCAGAGGGAUGCGCUUGUCUACAUACAUCCGGAGAAAUUCACAACGAGACGCCAGGAGCUCUCGUCGCAGAAGCCCAACAAACAGGUUGUGCUUGAUGGAAGCGGCGCUCUGAACAUCAAGGAGAAGCAGACUUCUUUGACGUGCCCAACAUCGGGGGAACUUGAGCUGGUUCAGGCUCUACGCCGCAGGGCACUGGCCUUUGAUCUGGUUGGUGUUUGCACCUAUGAUAUUAUGAAUCGAUAUCAUGGGGCCCUUGUGCAACGCAUGCAGGACUUGCCCCCGCCUAAGUACGCUAAAGUGUCUGUGCAUCAGGUCUUGAGAACUGAUCGUGCUGCAUUUUUCCACUUGGCAGAACAGCUCAGAACGAUUAAGCGCCAGGCGGACGGAUCCAUUCCGUUAGAUGCUUUGCUGCCUCACGUGUUGUCAGAUCCUGCUGUAUCUUUUCAUCUUCUUCCGCUUGCCCUGCCUGAGGUUGAGAAGCCCCCCAAGCCAACUUGGAAUGUCCUUGACAACAGGGGAACAAAGCGGCAGCAUGAGAAUGCGGACCAGGGAAAUCCUGGUCAGGGCCGUCAAAACUCCAAAGGCGGUGGCAACAAAGGUGGAGGCAAAGGCAAGAAUGAUAAGUUGCGUGUGCCCAAGCUUUUGAUUGGUAAAUGGUACCAAACGCGAGAAGGCGAGCGUCUGUGCUGGGCGUUCAAUCUCCCAGGCGGAUGUGACAAGGCAAAAGCAGGUGAGAAGUGUGAGCGCGGUUGGCACCUUUGCGCCGAGCCCAACUGCCUCAAAGCACACUCGCUUCAGGAGGCCAUGGUCGUCUAUGUUCAUGUAUCUCCUACGCACAAGAUGUUUUUCGUUCAGCCUCUCCAGCUGUGGAGAUGCCUCAAGCAGUCCCUUGUCUUGAUGUCCAAUGUUGUGCCUUUUGAUUUUCUUGAAAGUCGAUGCGACAACAAGCAUACUCAUGUCAUUCGCACUCAUUUUGCGCGGGGUGGUGCUGAGUGCGAUCCCGUUGUUGAGGCCUGCUCGUCAUCAGUAUGUGUGACAGGUGGAGCAUUUGUGCAUGGCGGUGUCGCCGGGGUCUUGCAGGCCACAAAGCUUCAUCCCCAAGUCAUUGAGCAGAUGUGUGCUUUUGUGCGAAAGAUCGCGCCGUCCCUUGAGUUCGGUGCGGUCACUUACAAUCGUGACGUCUUUACGGCUGUUCACAAAGACAGCCACAACGAGGCUUCGUCUUGGAACAUGGUUGUUUUGUUGAAGCCUUGUGACGGGGAGGGGGGCGGUGUUUGGGUUGAGGAUGCUUCGGGCGAUGUCUGUAAGAACAUUAAUGGGCGAGACGUCCGUGGCAAAAUUCUCGAUCCGAGUGCAGGCCCAGUUUUCUUCGACCCUCGUAAGUGGCAUGAGACACAAAAGUGGACGGGGCAUCGGCAUGCCCUGCUUGCAUAUCUGCCUCGGAACUUGGAGUGGCUAUCUGCAGCCGACCGAGCCUACCUUCUAGGAAGUUCGAAUGUUUCUGAGGCGCUGUCUUCGAGCCGCGGGAAUACAUCUAAGGUUGUCUUCGGAGUUUAUCAUGAACCUCAGGACUUCGUGAAUCAGGCGCUUCAGUCAAAGCAUCCCUGCCACUUGGAUAACUUGCUCCCGGAUGAGCUCAAGGCAUCGAUCAAGGCAAACAUGAGCAAAGAUGCGGCUGACAUUGCGCGCGAGCGCACUGCAACGAUGAGGCGGUUCAUCAGCAUGUCCAAUGGCCUUGUCGAUGCUGAGCGUGAGCUUCACGAAGGUUUUUCGGAGCAUCGACGUAAAGUCCUUGAAGGCAAGCGGCUGUUGCUCUUCAAGUCCAUCCUCGAGGAGGCUGGUCAUGCAGAUGAUAACUUGGUGCACGACAUGAGCAAUGGCUUUGAUCUGGUGGGCAAGCUUCCCGAGUCACAUGUGUUCGACCACCGGUAUCGUCCUGCACUUAAGACUGAGGAAGAGCUGCGAGCGGGGGCGUCAAGGUCUCGGGCUGCGGUUCUUGCAAUGGUCCAAAGUUCUGGUGAUCCUGUCAUCGAUGACGGAGUCUUUGCGGCCACGCAGAAGGAGCUCGACCUUGGCUACUUGGAAGGACCGGUGGAUCCGGAGCAGUUGCCAAUGGGCGCAACACUGACGCAUCGCUUCGGUGUCAUUCAAGGCAUUGACUCUGACGGGAAUCCCAAAGUGAGACCAAUCGACAAUUACAAAAGUUCGGAGGUGAACAGCGUGGUAUCUCAAACCGAACAGGUGCCUGUGCACACGGUCGAUGUCAUCGCUGGAACUUUGGGCUAUUGGCUUCAGGCUUGCGUCAAGGCCAAAGUGAAGAAAGAGAUGGUCAGCAAAGCUUGGGAUCUUAAGACGGCUUACAAACAAUUGCCGUUGAGUGAUUCUGCUUUUGAGCUUGACAGCUACAUAGCAGUGUUCUGUCCAAGGAGCAAAAAGCCAAAGGUGUACAAGCAGCGAGUCCUGCCUUUUGGAUCGAAGGCCAGUGUGACUGGAUUCAUCCGUUGCGCAUAUGGUUUGUGGAAGAUCGGAUGUGUCCUUCUAUCCUUGAUCUGGAGCUGCUACUUUGACGACUUCCUUGCCAGCAGUUGGGAAAGUGCAAGCAAGCAUUUGGAUAUGAUUGUUAGGCGCUCUCACUGA